AUGGACGACAGCCAGCUGGACGCCAGUGGUCAUGAGGAUGGGCCUGACGAUGGGCCUGAGCUGUCCUCGGCGAAUCCUCAGAUUGCGAUUCGUAGGGCUUGUGAUGCUUGCCGUGCUCGCAAGAUCCGUUGCAACAGAGAAUCUCCAUGUUCAUAUUGCACCCACGCCAAGAUCGAAUGUACCCAUGCCGAUAAUAAGCCCAAGGAGAAGCGAACGAGAAUCCUCAUCACUCCACAAUAUGAGCGUAAGAUUGAUCAGAUUGACCGUCGGCUCGAGACGGUUAUCCACCUCCUGCAAGACAUGAAAGUGAAUCCAUCUACAAAUUCAAGUCAAGCAGAAUUACAUAAUUCUACCACGUGCACGCCUCAAAUCGAAGUCGAAGGCCGACGAUGUUCCGCUAAACGGGUCUCGCCCACAUCAACGGCUGCAACUACUGCAAUACAUUCAGACGACGGCGAGGGCGGCAUAGUCGAGGGAGAUUCUUCUCUCGCAGCACAUUCCGUGUUUGCAACUGAAUUCCUCCAAAAGGUUGUGAGCACAGAGUCACUGCAGGAUUCAAGUCUAGACCUUGGCGAAACUCUUGAUGCAUUGUCCCAAAUCGUCAAUGCUCUGAAGCAACCAGCUGCCGCAGGGGAAAUGACGUAUCCUCAUGCGAAGCCUCUCACCCGAGUUCGGGCUCAGGGACUAGAGCUACCACCCAUCGAGAAGGCCGUACAUACUAUCCGAAUAGCGAAAAGUCAACGUCUCACGGGCAUGUCCUGGAUCUAUGACUUCUUGCCUUCCCGCCGAUUCCCAGAUCUGUGCCUCAAUGUCUACUUUUCAGACAAUUAUUCAGAGUAUGAUUACAUCACUGUGAACGGCGGGCUGUUUUCGCUGUUCACAGACUAUGCCGCACAAGUAUCCGUGGAUGAACAGAAAGAGUACUAUGAAUACGCCAAGAUAUGCCGUGUGAAUCUGGAGACCUGCUUGGCAAACCUACCGCUUCAUCUACCGGCAUCUUGUGACGUGAUUGUCGCGCUUCUAUUCGGAACUUUCCACGCUGUCGAAAUGUCAAAACCCACCCUUGCUUGGACAUUGUCCUCCAAAGCAUCAGAAUUGUGUCAAACGCUAGGCUAUCAUCGAGCAGAAUCUCUCAAGAACACAAAUGAUGAUGGCAAGCCGACAGUUCAUGGGAUGCACUGGCAUCAAUUCCUCUUUUGGAACGUCUACUACAUUGACAAGAGUCUCUCUCUUCGUCUCGGCAGAGCAUCCACGAUUCCGGACUGGCACAUCAGUAUGCCUCUACCGUCACUCAAAGAGCCCACAGCAAGUCCGAUUCUGCUGUAUCUCUUGUUGUGGAUUCGGACGGCAAAGUGCCAGGGUCAAAUUUACGAGCUGCUUUACAGCCCCGACUCAAUGAUUCAGCCGUAUCACGUACGACAGACGCGGGUGCAUGAACUAGUUUCCUUGCUCCAUGACAUUGAUAUUAAAACACAGGAGACGAACGCCUACUACCAGGCGUUCACCAAAAAUCCCGUAGAAGAGCACUCUACCGAGUUUUACCUGUCUUCCGACCACGUCCUACGUCUCUCACUUCUCACUCUAGUUUACCGGGCAGCCCCGCGUGUUGAGGGUUCACCAACAACAUUCAGCCCCGAGUGCAUCAAGGCCGCACGAGCAGCACUUGAGAAGCACCAAGAAUGCGUUGCCGUCAUGCGCAAGUCUCAAAAUGUUUACUUUGCAAGCUAUAUUCAUUGGUCAGUCAACGCAACAUUUGCACCAGUGCGGUUUUUAAUCCAGUUUCUUCUUUUGUACAGGACCGUGCUUUUUGCACCAUUCAUUCCGUUUAUUGUUCUGUUCUGCCAAGUAAUCGAAACCCAAGACAAAGAAGACUUGGCACGCCUACAUUCGUUCGUUGUAUUCUUGCAAGAGACAUCAACCAUGUCCGAUGCUGCAGCAAAGAUGUGCCGCCUAUUCCAAGUCCUCUACAGUGUUGCUCUCCGUUUCGUGGAGUUCCGUGCGUCAACUCCCCAGUCUCGGCAGACGCAAGCGAGCGCCGAGAUGGACGCGUACCUGGCGGCCUUGGGGUUUCCGCCCAAGGGAAUCGCCGAGGGGGGACAACAGCAACAGCAGCAACAGCAGCAACAACCUACGGCGUUCGCCCAGAUUACGAGCACGGCGCCUGAUGUGAUGUCCAUGUCCGGGAUCGCUGGCGUGGGCGUCGAUGCCAUGGAUGAGAGCUUGCGGCCUGGGAAUCCGAUGAUGUGGAUGACGAACGCCGCUCAAUUGGAAGAUUUCUUUUACACCAAUACGGCGAUGAUGGAACUGCUUCAAGAUCCUGGUUUUGAGCCAUCUCAACAGAACUAA